UUAUAAACGACUGGUGUGGUAUGAAAAAUUUACUAUUCUUAUAAAAUUGAAGAUAUGAAUAAAAUUUGCAGAAUUUGUCUAGAAGAAGGAGUGUUAUCUUCAAUAUUUACCAAAAAUUUUAAUUUGUCAUUGUGUGAUAUGAUAGAAUAUUGCUGUAAUACGAAAAUAUACAAAAAUGAUGGUUUACCAGAACAGAUGUGUAGUAAUUGCGUUUAUAAGUUGGGCAUAGCGUACCAUUUUAAACAAACAUGUGAGAGUGCUGAUGUUAGAUUGAGACAGUAUCUGGGCCGGCAAAUCCCUGAAAAAUCUAGUGAUGCAGCGGUCAUGACAGAUCCUAUAGUACCUACAACUGUAAUAAAGAAAUGUAAAUGUAGAUUGGGCCAACAGAGGAAAACCAGUACCAAUUACAAACGGAAGCCUGAGGCGGAGAAAUUGAAACGAGGCCCAAAACCUAAACCCAAGCAAACACACAAUUGUUACCAAUGUGAUAAAGAAUUUAGAUGCCAAGCACAAUUAGAAACACACCUGAGAACUCAUACUGGAGAUAAACCAUUUACAUGUAUGUACUGUCCACGUCGAUUCACACAGAAACACAACUUGACCAUACAUCUUCGAGUGCAUACUGGUGAAAAGCCAUUUCAGUGUGAAGUGUGCAGCAAAAGGUUUUCUGCACAAGGUAAUCUUCAUGCACAUUUGAAAAUUCAUACAGGGCAGAGGGAUCAUGUAUGUACCUUGUGCAACAAGUCAUUUAUAACAUCCAGUGAAUUGACGCGCCAUAUGAGUAAACAUAGGGGAGUUAAGAAUUUCAAGUGUGAUCUAUGUAAUUCAGCAUACAUACAUUCUCGGGAUUUGAAAUUACAUAAAAUGAAAAAGCACGAUAUCGAUGAAAAUUCAAAAGUGCGUAAUGAAGGUUACAACACUAACAUAGAUAUUAUUGGAAUUGAUGUAGGGAAGGAAGUACCACCAAUACCAAUGCCUAUAAAUCCUGCGAAGGAGGUCAAUCAUCACAUACAACAACUGAUUAACGAGAAACCACAACCAAUUCUUCCUGAGCAUAAUACACUACUGCCUUUCGAUCAUAGAGUUAUAAAAGAUGUAUACAAUAGUCACCAUCCAUACACUAAUAAUAAGAACAUAAUUGAGAGUCACAAUUGUGCCGUAUGUGGGGAGGGGUUUGAUUAUCUGGCAGCUCUUGCACAACAUCAUCUGCAGUAUCAUAAAGGGUAUGAUACAUUACAGCCAAAGCCUUAUAACAACCAAUAGAAUUAAUUAGUAAUAGUAUUUGAAUGUGUACCUGUUGAUUACCAAUAGCAGCAAGAUCUGCUUAGUUUGAAACAAGAUGGCGCUGUAUGUAUGUUGUGGACAGGAUGUUUGAUAUCUAAGAAAGACUAAUUUGUUUGCAUGUCUAUCUUAAUAAGAAUCUUCAAACUAAGUACAGGUGUUUAGUCUGUC